CAACCUAAAAAAAAACCCUAUAUUUCUUCUACUUCAACCGCUAUCAGGCCAUGUCUGAUUCUGAUCCUUACUCCAAUUACUUCAAUGGCUGGUUCAAUCUCAGCCCUUUCAACUCUAUCUUCUCCUCUUCAUCCUCUUCGAAUCCAUUUUCACUUGCUGCUUCUAAUGGCUACUACUACAAUGGUUACUGGAAUACCAUCAUCGACGGGAACCCUUCUUCCCCUCCACUCAAAGAAGCUCUCCCUCUUCUUCCAACAAGGCGUGAUGAAGAACAACAGGAGAGUUCUUCCAUGGAAGUGGAGAAAAGCAAUGGGAAUGAUGAAGAAACCGUCACUGUUGCUCUUCAUUUGGGACUCGCCCCGGGUAGCCCUAGUUCUUGUGCUGAUUUGAUCUCGAGAUUUCCAACAUCAUCGCCUGCUGAUGUUCAAGAAGACUCAGGGUCGGGUACUGGUGCAGAUAAAGAAGAUCAUGACACUGUUAAUGCUUCACAAUACCUAUCGAAUACGCUCAACAAGGGUCAAUAUUGGAUCCCUACUCCUUCUCAGAUCCUGAUUGGACCUACUCAGUUUUCAUGCCCGCUUUGCUUUAAGACCUUCAACAGAUACAACAACAUGCAGAUGCAUAUGUGGGGGCAUGGAUCACAGUAUAGAAAAGGGCCAGAGUCACUAAGGGGAACCCAACCAACAGCAAUGCUGAGGUUGCCUUGUUAUUGUUGUGCACCGGGGUGCCGGAACAACAUCGAUCAUCCUCGGUCGAAGCCACUCAAGGAUUUCAGAACCCUACAAACACAUUACAAGAGGAAGCAUGGGAUCAAACCAUUCAUGUGUAGGAAAUGUGGGAAGAGCUUUGCGGUGAGGGGUGAUUGGAGAACACACGAGAAGAACUGCGGGAAGCUAUGGUACUGCAGUUGUGGGUCUGAUUUUAAGCACAAGAGGUCUCUCAAAGAUCAUAUAAAAGCAUUCGGGAGUGGCCAUUCGGCUUACGGGAUUGACUGCUUUGAUGAAGAAGAUGAAUUUGGUUCUGACAAUGAGCAAGAUAAUGAAUACUCUCAGUAA